GUUUACCAGUCUUUCUGCAGCUAUUUACAGCUGUGUCUCUAGUGGUUGUGCGUGUUUUAGUAUUAAGUUUCGCUAAAAUUAUGAUGAUAAACUAUUUGAUGCUCGUGGUUGUAUUAUUUGUAGUGGCAAAUGGACAACUAGAUGAAGAAUUUAAUCAGAUUAUAGAGGAACUUGAUGAAGAGACGACUGUACCACCCAAGACCACGACGACGCCUUUCUCUCUAGAUCCGUACCAAAAUAAUCCCAAAGAUCCUUAUGCAGUGCCUGGUAAUGCCUCCAUUAGUUGUGAUUAUCAAUGUGUGCCGUUUUACCAAUGUAACAAUGGAACAUUAAUUACCAAUGGGGAAAAUAUUAUUGAUAUCAGAUUGAAAGAAUCCUGCGGCAAUGCUUUACUUUCUUGCUGUAGGGACGAGCACGUCACUGACAACAGAUUUACACCAUCUCCACCUGAAGAUCCCGUACCACAAGGAUGUGGAUAUCGCCGAAAGAAAGGUGUAGGGUUUGAAAUUACUGGAACCAAGGACAAUGAGGCUCAGUACGGCGAAUUUCCAUGGAUGGUGUCUAUAUAUAAGCUUCCAAAAGACGAGAAUUCAAGGCCUAUUUGUGGUGGCGCUCUGAUACAUCCACAGGCAGUUAUCACUGCGGCACAUUGCGUACAAGACAGAAGACAAAGAUGGCAAAUUGGAGCAGGAGAGUGGGAUAUCAGUGGAAAAAUCAAACCAUUUCCAGUGCAACUAUCGGACGUUGAAUCAGUAACGAUUCACCCCGAAUUCUACGCAGGAGCAUUGUUUAACGACAUUGCCUUAUUAAAAUUAACCACUGCCAUUAAUCUUUCCGAAAACAUCGACACCAUCUGUCUGCCGUCUCAAAAUUUAGUCCACAAGCCGAAGAAAAGAUGCUAUUCGACAGGCUGGGGUAAGGAUAAGUUUGGAAGACAAGGAGUCUAUAAAACUAUUUUAAAAAAAAUCGAUUUGCCUGUGGUACCUAAAAAUAGAUGUCAGGACUAUCUCAGGAAGACUAGGCUGGGAGAAUUUUUCCAACUCCAUUAUAGCUUUAUGUGCGCCGGAGGGGAGAAGGGUAAAGAUUCUUGCAAUGGAGAUGGAGGUAGUCCUCUGGUGUGUACUUUUGAUGACGACAAGGACAGAUAUUAUCACGCAGGUAUAGUCGCCUGGGGCAUCGGAUGCGGUGAAAAAAAUAUUCCUGGGGUGUAUACGGAUUUGGCGGUAUUCAGAAAUUGGAUAGAUGGAGAGAUGUUCAAGAAGCGACUGCCGACGACGUUUUAUGACAGAUCCGAUCCAUUUAUACCAAGGAUUAAACAUGAGCAGUAAUUUUAAGUAGAAAAUAGCUGUUGAAUUUUAUAUGUAACGUAUUUUCAUUAUGUAACACAGUUUAAGUUUUUUAAAUAAUAAACAUAA